GAACCGCCAGUCGGGCUAACCAGAGCUACGGCAGUCAGGUUGGUAGACCUACUGUACUGGAGUCCACCGAAGACCUGAAACCGCUCCGCAAGACCUAGAAGCAAGUGCAAAGAAAUCAAUUGGUUUACCAUGGUUCAUGAAAACAUAUUGGAUAUUGAAUUUAAGCCUCAUUUAUUAAUAGCUCCGCUACAGUAUGCGUUGGAAAUGAGUCGACCAGGUGGCCAAUAUCUACAUUAUGCCUAUAGUUACCUAAAAGACUACCGGAUUAGAUAUUAAAUCUCUUACUUGAGACACGUAUGUGGGAUUUAUUAUCAACCACUUUCGACCAAAAUAAAAGUAAAUGUUAAAGUUAGACGAUCAUAUGACUCAUGAGCUGAAAGACACAUUCCUGGAUGUUUCUUCACCAGAGAUCUCUGUUGAGAAGCAAAAUGCUGCUGCCAGCCAUUCCCGUCAAAAUCUAGCUGGCGGGAAAGGAGUCUUUGCCAAUUUCUUUGAAGAAAUGGCUGAGCCACUUACCUUUCAGUCUUCAUUAACAGAUGAUGGAGCUCAUGCUUGUGCUCUAGGAACAGAUUAUAGACUGUCACCACAGAUAUGUGAUGGGGAGACUAAUUUGUCCCCAUGUAUUCAUGACGGAAUAAGUCCUAUGCAAGCUUUCUAUGGUGAUAAUCCUGAUGACGAUCUGGAGAUUCUCGAACGAUAUCGUAUGUUUGUCAAUCAAAUGCUGAUGCCAAGUUAUAUGAGGAUACAGCGUUUCAGUUGGAUCGUUCAACGAAUGAUGAUACACUAAAAUGUGGUUCACUGUCCCGUGUUGUUACUGAAUACAAUCCAACUGAUUUGAGCAGUCAAUUAUGUAUUUCAUAUAUACACAGAAGUAAACCACCAAAAAUCCUAGCCAAUCGUUUUCUACUUGGUUCUACAAUUGGACGAGGAAGUUAUGGAAAGGUGAAGGAUGCUAUCGACCUGUACACACUUCGACGACAUGCUGUAAAAAUUAUCAGUAAGUUAGGUGUUCGUAAAAUUCCUGGAGGUUGGAAUCAAGCUUUACAUGAAGUCAGCUUUAUGAGACGAUUAUCUGCAUGUCGACAUGUUGUCUCACUUGUUACAGUAUUACGCUUACAAAAUCCGGAUCGAUUAUGCUUAGUAAUGGAGCAUUGUCUAGGCUCUGUACACGAUUUACAAGCUGCUGGUGUACCAUCACAAACAGCUUUAAGCUCAGAAAAUGAAUAUGAUAGAAGAGAAGACAAUUUUGUUAAACCAUCACAAUUGUCAUAUUUUAAAGGGAAACAUGAAAUACAAGCUGGAUGUGAAGACACUUCAAAACCAGCAGUCACCAGUAAAAGUUCUCCGUUGAAAUUUAAUAAAAUUCGUCGAUUUCACACUCGAUUACCUAUGAUAUCUACACAAGUUAACCAAGAGGAAGAUAUAAAAAUUUCAAAGUUAAAAAGUCGUAAAGUCUCCACUAUUGAACAUUCUUCACAUCGUAAUGAAAAAAAUCCAUCUUCACCAUCACAACAACAACAGUUUCGUCGACUUCCUGAAGCUCAAGCACAUGCUUAUUUUUUACAGUUAAUAGAUGGACUACAUUUCUUACAUCGUAAUGGUGUAAUACAUCGUGAUAUUAAACCAGCGAAUCUUUUGCUUACACCAGCACCAGGUUGUGGUUUAAGUGAAUUUGGUAGCCCUAAUGGUACUAUGGAUUUACCAGAUCAUAAUUGGUUGUGUAGUAACGGUGGUCAAUCAUCGUUUUGUGGACGUCCAUUAGCCGAUUUAUUGGCUGCUUCACGUGGUUGGUUAGUGAAAUUAGCUGAUUUCGGUGUAUCAGCAUCUGUAUCAGCGUUUAGUUCAAAUGAUAUGGUUAGUGGUGGUCAAACAACACCAGCUGUACAACCUCCAGAGGUAGCUAAAGGUGUACAAUCGAUAUUUGAUGGAACUAAGUUGGAUGUAUACAGUGCUGGUGUGACAUUAUACUUUAUGCUUACUGGUCGUGUACCAUUUUCAUGUCAAAAUGUACUACAAAUAUUCGAAGCAAUUGUUAAAGGUGAUUACACAAUACCUGGUCAUGUAUCAGCGAAUGCCAGUGAUUUGAUCAGAAAAAUGAUGCAUAAAGAUCCUAAGAAACGCUUAACUCUAUUACAAAUUCGUCAACAAACCUGGUGUAUACAAGAUCCAUCACCACCGAUAUCAGUGGAGAAAAUCAAGAUGAAACUAUACAAUAACUUAUCAUCUCAGUCAAAUGAUACUGUGUCUAGACAAACAUGUACUAUGAAACGACGUGGUACAAUCUGUUGGCUUGAUCCAUUAAUUUACUUGCGUAGAUCUAAUGCAGAAUAUCCACCACCGCAUAUAGAUGAUACAGGAGCUAGGAUAUUCAGUAUCGAAGAAGUAUUCAAUGAUCCAACAAUAAUUCUAAAACAUGAAAAUCCUACAGAUCAAGAGAUAUCUUCUAAACCUGUCAAUGAUGAUGUUGUUGAGAAUCUUGAGGAUGCUAUUGCACCAUUUUCAGUAAUUGAUCGUUUAAAGGUAUAUCAUGAUGUGGAUGACUAUGAUGAUUAUUCAAGACUGGAAGAUAUGUCAAGUUUCUACCACUCACCUGAAGCAUGUUUACAAUAUUCAGGUCUUGAAUCGCAUCUAGCUAAUUUAGGUAUCGUUUCAUGUAUUGAGUCGGAACCAGUUUCAAAGCUACAGUCUGCAUAUAAUGCUCCUGGGACUUCUGUACACAACGACAGUUUGAAUUACUUAUCUCCAGGUAAAAUGUUUCAUCCAAGCAAUAGUCAUCCAUGCUGUACAUGUGAUCAGUAUAUAAGUCAACAACCCGUAAAUAGUAAAAUUAACCAACAUUUGAGUCAGGAUGUUUCUCUUCUUCCAGCGUAUGAAGCUGCGCAUCCAACUAUCCAAGGAAUACCAACACCAGCUAACUUGAAUAAUCUACCAGAACCACCAGUCUGCCCAGCAGAUUUGCCGAUAUCUUUACCAACUUCUUCUUUCAAAUUGCCUACAUUUACAAUGGAUUCAUCCACUGCUUUUCGUAGUGGUAGUCUUCCGGAUCCUGUUGAUUUGAUCCCAUCCAAUUUAGAUAUAUGUCAAAGAAUGCAAAAUAGUGUCAUUGAAUCAUUGAAUCAAAAAACUUGGCAUUCUGGAUCUAGACUAAAACACCAACAGAAUCUUAUCAACUUUAAUGGUAAUCAACAACUUGAAACAAUGUCUAAAGAUGUUGAUCAAAUAUCAAGUGAUUUCGAUACAGAUGGUACUGCAUCAUUUUUUCUUCAAGAUAAUUUUUCACCUACUACCACUACUAUUAUUCAUACAUCUAGAAAGAAAAAAAGUAAGCAACUUAUGAAAACUGUUAUGAAUAGUCAGCCUAGUGGUGGUGGUGGUGUUCAAAGACUUACUCGAUGGUUUUCAAAUCCAUUCAAUGUUUUUCGUAAUCGAAUAAAAAGUCUUAGAAAUAAAGAUUUAUCUAUUAGUAAUCAUCCUUUGCCUACAUCAUCUAUUCAUCAACAUCGAACUGUGAAUAGUGCAUCAGAAUUAGCUUCAGUAAUUGAAAAAUAUCCUAUUGAAGAGGUGAUUCAAUCAACUGAUAGUUUGCCAAUAGCAAAUUGUGUUCCAAAACCCACUUCACGAAUAUUCUCCAGCAAGAAAUUUAGCUUUAAAAAGUAAUCACAAUGUCUAUUCAUCUUCAUUCAACUUUAGUAUGGUUUAAUGUGUGAUAUUAUUUUUCUUUUUUUUGAAAAAUCCUAUCUGUUUUGUCAUUUCGAAUCCACUUAAGGAUUAUCUGAUGAAAGCAAAAAUAAUCAAGCAGUACAACUUAUCUGUUCCCAAGUAUGUGCGUAUGUGUGCGUGUGCAUUGAUAUAAUGUUGCAUUCCUUAACAUCUUCAAUACAGACCUUAUUUUCUUGUUCUUACCAAUUUAUUAGUUAAAAGUUAAAAUCCCGCUUGUACAAUUCACCAGUUAGAUUUAUUCAUAUUAUCAUUAUAAUCUCAAUAUUAUAAAAUUUUGCCUUACUAGUUAAUUUAUUUGUUUAUUUUUCAUUGGAAAUUAGUUUGUUUUUUUCAAUGACCUAUCACUUUAUCCUUCUGGUUAUCCUUCAGUGUGUGUGUGUGUGUGUGCACGCCUAAAUGAGAGUGAAUUGAUUGCCUCAUUAUUUGUGCACAAUGACCAUUGUAAAUAUGUACAUCACAAACCUAUACAUAGUAUGUGACUAAAACAUUUCAUUGACUUGAUUGUACAACAAUUUUAGCCUUGUUGUUUUGCUGAUUUCCAAAAAUCUUUUCUUUUCUCCUUUGUUCAAUAUCUUUUUUUGCCCUAAUAUGAAAUGAGAUUGUUUCAUGUAAUCAAUUCAUUACGACUCUCUUAUCGUGAUUAUUAUUAUUAUUAUUGUUAUUUCUUCAUUAUCCUCUACAAGUUAUGCUUCUACUGGUAAGUGUAUUGAAUUUGAAAAGAGCGCCUGUAUACUACAUUAGUGCAUCUCUUAAAUACACAAAUAUUUUUAUACGCACCCUAUACUACUUUGUAUUUAU